AUGUCACCACUGGCCCUUUUCCAACGAUACAAGACUCGCAAGCGCCAGCAGAAGUCGGGAGACACAAGCGCAAAUAGUGAAUCUACUGUUGUCGAUCCCGAACCCCCGAGCGACAUCAGUCUCUGGCUUACAGAAGAUCCCCUCGUCAAAACAGAACGCGGUCCAACUGAUAGUGGUACUGAGAUCGAUACGGCGAUGAAACGCUACGCGAAUACCGGCUGGGAAGGCUUGAAGUUGAUUCUGCGCGUGUUGAAGGAAUCGUCCGAUGGUUUGACCCCGUUGAAGGCAGCGGUAGGGGGCGCUGUAGCACUCAUAGACAUCUUUGAAAACACCAAGUCUGCCAGUGUACAGCUCGCGGAAACCGCUCAACGCGUCGACCGCUUGAUGCUCAUCCUUGCGAACCGUCUCGGCGAAGGCGAGCGGAUAGAGACGUCGAUCAUGAUCGGCCACUAUGAGAUAUUGCUCUCUGAGCUGCUGAAGGGUGUCAAAGACAAGUACCACCGAGGCUGGAUCAGACGCGUCAUUGAAAACGAUCAGGACCGGGAUACGCUGGCGAGUACUGCUAGUCGUAUCGCCGAUAUGAUGCAAGAACUACAGCUAAAGAUCGGCUUAUCAUUGGAGAAAGCGACCGGGCAGAUACUAGAUGAAGUGGUCUUCCAGCACCUGGAGAGGGCCGAGGCUGCCGCAUACUCGGCCGCCAUCUCGCCCAAUGGGGUUUCACGCCGAAGUUGUGCUGUAGGCACACGCGUUGAGAUCAUCGAUGAUAUCCUGGCUUGGGUGUUCGACGAGAGCGAAUCGACUGCACCAGUGUACUGGAUGUCGGGUCUUGCUGGCCAGGGCAAGACAACGAUCGCGUACACAAUCUGCGACCAACUGAAGAGCCGCGCCGAUGACGUGUCUGUCGUAUCGUUCUUUUGCUCCGCCCAACUUGACAGCACUUGGGAGAAGCUGCUCGUGUCAACGCUGGCGUUCGAACUUGCCGAGUCCUCCUCGUCAUAUGCUGCACAACUUCUCCUUGUGUUGCAGGCAGAGCGCAACCUCAGCCAUCAGAGGCUUGAGUACCAGAUGCGCAGAUUAUUCGUCGAGCCUUGGGCGGGCAGUGCACAUCGGCGUAAAGACCUGCGUCCUACUAUCAUCGUCGUCGACGCUGUGGACGAGAACGAGGCCGGGAUUGAGUUCAUCGACUUGCUUCUCUCGGCUUUGCACAAAGGUCAACUGCCGGGUCUUCGUAUCCUCAUCACAAGCCGUCCAUCGCCAGAACUCGUUACAUUGUUCGGGAGAGCGAACGAUGUCCGUCGCCUUAACCUGAAUGACUGCAACGCGCGAGCAACUCAUCAUGACAUUCUGACCUACCUGAAGACUGAACUUCCCGAACACGCCGAGCGUCGUGAGCUACAGGACGUAGCCGACGUCGCGGCGGGCCUUUUCAUCUACGCAGCAACUGCGCGGCGCAUCGUGAGACCGAAAGGCAUUCGAAGGACACUCGACGAGGAGGUAGUGAAGUUGCGGCAACUCAGCGCUCGCGCUUCGACUGUGACUUCGCCCGGUCUCCUCGACGAUCUGUACAACGGAAUCUUAGAGAGACUCUUCGCUGGGCUUGACCUUGAAGAGCAGGCUCAACGACAGCGUGUGAUCCUUACCGUGAUGUGCCACUCUCGCCCGCUUACUGUCCUGCGAUUGAGUGAGCUCGCGGAAGUGAAGGAGGACCUCAUACAGCUCGUCAUCGACGUGCUUCACCCAGUGCUAUACAUUGGCGAGCUGAACCUCGUCCUCUGGUAUCACACUUCGUUCCGGGACUACAUCCUCGUCACGCAUGAGAAUUUGCUCUGUCCAACGUGGACCCUCGUUUCACGCAAUUACUGGGUGAUUGCGCAAAGGGACACACCUCUGGCGAAGGAGGUCGAAUCGCUCACCACCCUCUUCUUCGGGCUGCACCCAUCAGACAUUACGGAGUCCAAUGUCUCGCAAAGGCUUGUAGAUGCUAUUGCCCUUCCGUUACAGCCUCGAAUGGGCCCGAACCUUGAGGGAUAUAUCGUUCCCAAUCCCCCAUCAGACUAUGCCCAUAGUAGCACAAGUCACAAGAAGGCUCGAGUCAAGUCUGCUGGCAGGCGACCCAAAUCUCUGCCCGCCAAGGGCAAGGCGCACCAGUCCAAUAACGUCGUUGUUGCUUGA